UGACGUGUCGGGAGGCAUAACCUGUCCAGUGGGACCACAUCACUCACAUUGUGUACGUCAACUAAAGAAAUGCACACCCUUUUUUAAAUGAGCGCUACCUUUUUUGUUGGAAGGGAAGUGAGAACAAGAGCAGACUUGGGCGCGUCAAGUCCGUAGGCGAAAUAUUGUGCAACUCCUCUCCAAUUCGACGCCGUACUUUGGGGCUUCGCAAACUUUCAAGAUGGACGAUGGCGCCCGGUUUGGUUUCUCUUUCCUUUUCCAAAGUGUCCGACGCUCAAGUGUGAAGCCUCGUCGCCUACCGGACCUGGGUUUUAUCUUACUUUCAUUGGAAUGACGGGCGAAGGAGGAGAAAGAAGUCGGGAGGAUUUGUUCGAGGCACAUAUUUUGACAUCAUGUUUGAAAGGGGAGCUUUUUGUUGGGCACACCACGACGUUUAAUACGCCUGGAAAUGGAAAGGGGAAGGAGUCGGACUUUAGGUGUUUUAAUACCAGUGUCUGAAAAUUCGGAUGAUUUCAAUAACAAGAUUUUGGCUCCAAUCCAAAGUGCGUACUUGUACGAAGAGUCAAAGGUGGAUUUCAAAUAUCACUCUGCUCUCAUCUUUAGGAAUCCAGCAUUGGAGAAAAAGUAUGCUGCCUUUCGAGCCAAGAAAAAACAAGCAGGGUAUACGGAAGAGGACCUGGAGGAGACGUAUGGCUUCAUGCUGUUUGACGACAUCGACAAGGCUAACGCACUUGGCCAAACGGGAGUGCUCACCGGGACCACAUCCUAUUCAUUUUUGGGGGAUCCCUCAAAAGGUGUUUACAUAUCAAUGUACUCUGACUGUUUGGAACGGCAACCCUGGAGAAAUUCCGAGUCGGGCUACAUCGCCAUCAUCAGGCUGACAACGGGGAGAGUUGGAAGAAUUUCCGAGAGCCACGGCCAAAGUGUACCGGUGCCCACCUCGGGAUUUGACUGCCACGUGUCUCAAAACUUGGCCUUGGUGUCGCCCAAAACCAGCUCGCCCCUGGCAUUCAAGAGAACCCAAUGUUACAUUUAUGAGCUGCUUGAUGAUGGAAGCGAUGGAACGGCGAAGUCUCCCAGCUUCACUUGCCCUUUUGGUAUUGUGGCAUUUAAAUACAGCAUCAAAGGAAAAGGAAGGAGAAAACGUUGGACUCCGUUGGCAAUAAAAGUGGACACACAACCUCGUGAUCUCUUCGCUUCUAAGAUUCUCAGAGUUCUGCCGGUCUUGGGCUAUGCAGGAGGUGAUGUUGAGAAAACAAACACUGACCCGAACAAAGGAGUGUACAAUGUCGUGACACACCCCUUACGGACUUACACAGUGCUGCUAAAUCCGGUGAUGCAACCGUGUCCUCCCGCGGGACCUGGGGUUCGUUACAUCGCUCUAUCAUCUCCUGAGCCAGUACAAGCCAGUCCUGUACAAAUGGGAUCAGAAAAACCGCCAAACUGUGAAAUGGAGUGUGGUAAGGAUGAAGUUGGUGUUACAGCUCCGCAAACUCUUGCCCCGAAUGAACCGCGAGUGCCGAACGAAGCGGAUGAUCCUGAACUAAGAAACCUCCCGACUCCUUCGACAUCCGAUGACGUUCCUUCCGAGCUGAUUGUGAGCUUCACAUCCGAGCAAUCUGUGCCUAAGAAGAGCUCAAUCAGUCCCGUGUCAACAAGGAAGCCUUUGUCCGACGAGCACAAGAGGACUUUGGAAUGUCCAAAGAUAGCUAAUGUCACAAUAGAGCAACAAAAGUUUUCCACUAAAGGUCACAAAAAGACAACUAAGGCAUUUAUUGAGACGCCUGCAUUAGAAAAAGUUCAGAUACCAUCAGCAGACGAUACGCUUAAUAGUCAGAGUGACCAAAAAACGGAAUCAUCCAACCAAUUGCACCAAAAUGCAACAUCAAAUAAAGGUCGUAAGACCUUCCCAGGACAUACUUUCGGCAGAUGUUCAUCACAAAAAAAAAAAGGCAGACCUGUUACUGUCGAACGAGGGACAUCAGACGCGGAAGGACAGACAAUGGGGAGCACUGUAACGGACCGGGAAACUCCAUCAGAAGACGAUACGCUUAAUAGUCAGAGUGACCAAAAAACGGAAUCAUCCAACCAAUUGCUACAAAAUGCAACAUCAAAUAAAGAUCGUAAGACCUUCCCAGGACAUACUUUCGACAGAUAUUCAUCAAAAAAUAAAAAAGUCAGACCUGUUACUGUCGAACGAGGGACAUCAGACGCGGAAGGACAGACAAUGGGGAGCACUGUAACGGACCGGGAAACUCCAUCAGAAGACGAUACGCUUAAUAGUCAGAGUGACCAAAAAACGGAAUCAUCCAACCAAUUGCACCAAAAUGCAACAUCAAAUAAAGAUCGUAAGACCUUCCCAGGACAUACUUUCGGCAAAUAUUCAUCAAAAAAUAAAAAAGUCAGACCUGUUACUGUCGAACGAGGGACAUCAGACGCGGAAGGACAGACAAUGGGGAGCACUGUAACAGACCGGGAAACUCCAUCAGAAGACGAUACGCUUAAUAGUCAGAGUGACCAAAAAACGGAAUCAUCCAACCAAUUGCACCAAAAUGCAACAUCAAAUAAAGAUCGUAAGACCUUCCCAGGACAUACUUUCGGCAAAUAUUCAUCAAAAAAUAAAAAAGUCAGACCUGUUACUGUCGAACGAGGGACAUCAGACGCGGAAGGACAGACAAUGGGGAGCACUGUAACAGACCGGGAAACUCCAUCAGAAGACGAUACGCUUAAUAGUCAGAGUGACCAAAAAACGGAAUCAUCCAACCAAUUGCACCAAAAUGCAACAUCAAAUAAAGAUCGUAAGACCUUCCCAGGACAUACUUUCGGCAGAUAUUCAUCAAAAAAUAAAAAAGUCAGACCUGUUACUGUCGAACGAGGGACAUCAGACGCGGAAGGACAGACAAUGGGGAGCACUGUAACGGACCGGGAAACUCCAUCAGAAGACGAUACGCUUAAUAGUCAGAGUGACCAAAAAACGGAAUCAUCCAACCAAUUGCACCAAAAUGCAACAUCAAAUAAAGAUCGUAAGACCUUCCCAGAACAUACUUUCGGCAGAUAUUCAUCAAAAAAUAAAAAAGUCAGACCUGUUACUGUCGAACGAGGGACAUCAGACGCGGAAGGACAGACAAUGGGGAGCACCGUAACGGACCGGGAAACUCCAAAAUGUGAGCGUUGGAACUUAAAGCCAGUCAUCAGUGAGUGUGGAAGAACCUUAGUCCCUCAUGGCUCAAGGAGGACGGCUGUUCAUAGGAUGAAGUCUUUACCGGAACAAAAUUUGUUCCGUAGUCGUCCUAACAAGGCAUCUGAUGCAGUUGGAGAGACAGAGCAGCAGUCCAUCACUCCCCCAGGAUCGGGAACACGUGAGACUGAGGUAAUGGAAUCCAAGACCUUAGCCAAUUAUCCUGAAAACGUUAGUCCGGAGCAAAGCACUGUGCACGAUUCAGGCUACGGGGAAGAUGCUCUUCCAGCAGAAGACAUUCAGGAACGAGGUACUACCACUUCUUCUGAUCGGCGUGUCGAAGAAGAUGAACCAAAAUGCAUCCUGUCAAACAGAGCUCGCACAAAACACCACCUCAGUUUAAAUGGCACUACUGAAGAUCCAACUACUGAGCUUCCUUUGAAGAAAAGCAAAAGUCACACCGAGGUAAACCCAAAUGUAGCUGACGAAGCGGCGUCUGCGACGAAGGACACCGACGUUCGGGAUACUCAAGACUCGACACAAGCGGCGACUAUCAAGCGUAGCCCUUCAUCAAUUUUCCCAAAGUGGAAGCAGUUUAAAAAGCUCAAGAAGCAGCAAGCCAUCUCUAAACUACACAUUAAAAAGAAAUGGCGGUUGCAUUUUCAAACCUCAUUGGAAGAAACUGGCAAACGGAGCGCUGGGGAUGACACUAUCUGGAAGAAGAACAACAUCUCCAACACAUCUACGGAUGCUUUGAACUUACUUGCUGAUCUGGCACUGGGGGCCACCAAUGAGCAAGUUCUUUCACAACCAGGCCAAGAACUAAUGAGUGACGAUGCUAAAGGUGUUGCUAGUACUGAUCAAGUGUCACUUCUUUAUGCUCUUCUCGGGAAGCCUGUCUUUAAACCCACUCAGCCCCUUGAGUCACAAAGCGUUCUUGCGGAAGACAUGGACUUGGUCAGUAUGUUGCGUGAAGAACAUGCCUACUCUAUACAUCAGUUUGUGCCCUUGGCUUUACCAGGCAAAGAAUUCAAGGUGUCUCCUUUGAGUGGUUCCACUGGACUGCUGCACCACUACCAGACAAUAUGUAGUGGUCAAACACUACACUUCUCUGAUGAUCAAAGUGAAAACAGUCAGGUGACUUCAAAACAUGCAAGGAAAUGCAUGGCAAGGUUCCAACGUUAUCGCAGUUUUGUUGAGGAAGGUGGGUCUAUCAAAGUGACACGGCAGUGGCAAGAGAUGUAUGACUUCGGUGGAGACAGCAGGUUUUCACUUGGGUUAAAGAACAGAAGCAUCAUACGAGCCUUACAUGGCCCGUGGGAUAUCUCUAUUCAAGACUCCAACAAAGACAUACAGCUUGUUGUCUACAUGUGGAUUGGUCUCUUUUAUAGCCGCUCCACAGCGAGGUUCUUCGAUGUUGACUUGGAUCUUGAAAACUUGGAAGAAAUGGAUUGUUUGGAGACAAUGCCAGCCCGGUCUGACCUCAAGGAGAAUCCCUUUUUAUUACCACCAGGUGUGGUAGACACUGCAGAAUCUUCCAUUUCUAACUCUUUGGUCCUCAGCCAGAAGGGGACCAAUUUGGAUCAAGAAUCUGAAAUUCUGGACUUGUCACUGAAGAACCCCAAUGUAGAGAGUCUUACUUCUGGACCAACAUUUGUGGAAUGCCAAACAACGAUUGUCCCUGCAGAAACUUUAAAUAAGUGCAAUGAUGUCAGCAGCGAGUGCAGUAGGACAAAUUUACAAGAAGAUAGCUACCCGAAAGACGAAGGUGAACCUUCUCUACAUGAGGAUGUACCUGACAAUCACCUACAAGGACAGCUGGAAAAUAAUGACAAUCACGAUGUUACCAGAAUGGAUCAUGGGUUGCAUGAAUCCAACAGUGACAGGAUGGAUUUGGAAGGUGAAUCCGAAAAUGUAGGAGCCAAAGUAUUGAGUGUGGCGUUGAAACAUGGAGAAGAUUCACUUGGAGCAGAAAACGAGGUCUACAAAGAUGUGGUUAAUCCAGUGCCUCAAAUAGAGGAUGACAAAGAAUCGGAUGCAUUCUGCAAAGAAAGUAUUUUGGCGACUGAAAGACUGUUGCCAAGGGAUGAUCCUGAAGAUGUGCAGGUUGACAACCUCAAUGACAAAAGGGAUUAUUUUGUCAAGAACGAUAUCUUAAUUUCAACAAGUUUCAGUGUUCAACAGGGCAUUGACACAGUCCUCCCAACGUCAAACACAGAUGACAGACUCGGUGAGAUUAAGACAACUGACGUAGAACAUACUCUUGAUCAAACUUCAGAAACGAACAAGUACGCAUCUACCUUUCCAGUCGUAAUUUAUUGCACGAAAAACAAGAAUGCACAGCCAGUCCAGGCAGCAUCUACCUCACAAAGUCCGCAAUCCUCUGAAUCGUCAGAGGAUCCAGUGGCACUUCCGUUAAACAAUAAAUCAAAGGUGAAUCCCUUAAUCACAGAAGACACGUCUGAUAUAAAUGUCCUGGACGCGAUAGAGGUGGACGAAAUAUCUCAGAGAACCAGCAGAAUUGUGAUUGCAGAAAGUGCAAUAAUGAGCACGGACAUAACGCUUCAGUGCUGUCCGAGUGACUUCCAGAUGGACGAGAGGAAUGAUCCAAGGAACGAUCCAGGUGAUUCGUUCCAGUUCCUGGAUCCACUGAGGCAAGACAACGGGGAGAGCGUUCAGAACACCUUGAAAUCCAGUCAAACAAAGUACAGAUUCUACAUACUAGAAAAAUCGGAGGAUUCCUUCUAUGCGGAAACAAAGUCCCAGCUAGAGUCAGAAGGACAUACAGCGGUGCAACCGUCCGGGUUCUUUCUCGCCGGUGAGGACAGGUCGCCUUUGCUCAUCGUUGUCAGGAAUGAGGACAUAGCAGCAAGCAUUUGCGAGGUUCCGCACCUCCUCGAGCUGAAGAAGUCGUUGGGUGUGCAGUUUGUCGGCAUCGACGAGCCGAGCGACGUGAUGAACCGUACCUAUCAGGAGCUUUUUGUCAACGGAGGCUUUGUGAUGUUUGACGGGGGAACGCUGGAAUCCCUCAGCCUCUACGACAUGAGAAGAUUCAUGGAGAUCUUGCAAGACCUUAACAAAACGGGGAAAUGGAAGUGGUUUUUGCACUACAGAGACAGCCGGCGAAUCAAAGACAACGCGAGGUUCAGUAUGGAUGCUGAGGAGAAGAAGCAUUUCUUAGGAUGGGCAGAAGAUGCAGGGCUAGCGACGGUCUUGCCUUACCACGAUUGCGACAUCAAAUCAAGAGCUCACCCGGACUAUCUUGCGUGUCUGGUGCACUUGCAGGCCCAGAAUAUAUCAUCCCGGUUUCCUGUCUUCAUAACUGACACAGGAGCCAGUGACUUUGAAGCGAGCGGGAUUUUGACGACCACGAUCGGGUCUUUUCUGAUGAGUUUUCGGUGAUACACUUACAGCUGUAGUCUUUUGUGCCACACAACUAAACUAAUCCACCUCCGUUAAUACUGUUUAAAGUUUAAAGAGUUUUUCCCUUUAUGGACUGGGGAAAAAAAAUGUUGCUGUCAUGUUGGUUCUUUCCGUUACCGCGGUUCAUCUUUUGGAACCAAAGCAAUAACUCGUCAGUCAGACAAAAGUGCAGCUGCGUUUGAGCAAUUUAUAUAUAUAUAGAUUUAUUUUAAAUGAUUUGUUUCAAAAGUGUCAUGUUUUUAUUACUUUUUUUUUUGGUUGGUCAUUUAUUUAAAAUCAUUAGUAUAUACAUAAAAGAUUCUGUUUCCAUGAAAUGACUAAAUGUGCCUUCGGUGUAAUAAAGUUUUCCAUGCAAUGUAAAGUAUAUGAGUCACAUGU